UGGAAAAAAUGUGAUCAAAACUGAUCACAAAAAAUUGUGAUCAAGAAAUUCAUCAAUUUUGUGAUCAUUUCUGAUCACAUUUUUUUGUGAUCAAAACCGAUCACAUAAUGGAAAAAAGGGGACCGGAGAAUUUAAAUUUUUCGAAAAACAUCGAAAUCGACAUGGUUCCUGGCGCUCUGUGUUUCGGUCAAUCACCAUUUGUCACUCAAACCAUUCAUUCACCAUGUCAACAUUCAAAAAACUACAAGCCCGGAACGUCCAAGGUCCCAAAGUGAGCCUUUUGGCCAUGGCGUUGCUGUGUGUUUUGUUGCUGUUUCGUACAUUUUCCGAUCCCUUUCCUGAGACCCAGGAACAGCCGAUGCUUCGCGUUCCGGUUGCCAAUCGGCUUUCCCAUGAUUAUGCGAUUACAGUGUCCAAGACGGACCCUUCCAUUGCCGUGUCCGUGUACAAACAGGGUGACAUUGUGUCGAACAACAUUGUAAAACACGGAUACUGGGACGGAGGUCUGACCGAGGUCGUCUCGGCCAUUCUUGAUGCCCGACGACAACAUCAUCCUUCCACUGGCAACACGCAACCACAGACCAUCGUCGACUUUGGCGCCAACGUGGGAUGGUUCAGCCUCCUGGCUGCCUCCAAGGGCCAUCGAUCGAUUGCCGUCGAGCCCAUGUCGUCCAAUCGCGGGGCCUUGUUACAGUCGGUGGCACUGAACAGCUUUGACGACCUGAUUCAAGUCGUGGCGGCAGCACUCGGCGACGGUUCUUCGGAUUCGCCGAGCAGCCUGUGCAUCCAACCGAGGGUGGCGGGGCACAACAUUGGUAACGGUCAAACGACGACCAAAGUGGACGACUGCGGCGAGGUGGUUCAGGUGAGGACCCUCGGUUCGAUCAUCGGAAACAGAAAGGUGGAUUUCGUCAAGGCCGACUGCGAGGGAUGCGAAGCCAAUGCCAUCAUGGGCAUGAAGGACAUCAUAGCGGGAAAAAGUCCACCGUGUUCCUUUGCAAUCGAGUGGAGGGUAGAGACCAUGAAGGAACUCGGUGGGAACCCAACGGAGGUCACAAAGCUCCUUUUUCAAUCCGGGUACCUCUUCUUUCGGCAACAGUGCGACUUGGUGACUGGAGAGGGUUUGAAACUGACCGAAAUUCCUUCCUCACUGGUGCUGGAGAAGCUUCCUACCGGCUCCAUGGAUCUCGUCUUGCUUCACAAUUCCAAGCGCUGCUUCGAACGAGACGGGAAAGCCUUUCGUUACGUGAUGGAUCGCGUGGCUUCGUUUCAACCCGUCCUUCUCUGAUACCCACAAGAGUGAUAUCUCAAGUUUAUUCCCAAUUGACAACGAGAUUGUUAUACUUAUCGUGUUACAGCGCUAUCUGCAACUUCACUGAGAUAUCGAUGAUUAUAUUGAUGUAUAUCAGAAGAUGAUAAUUUUGAUGUAAAUUGUUAAGGUAUGAGCUAUUAAGUUAUUGAUUAUUGAUUGUUUGAGGAGCAUGAAAAGGUGAUUUUAGUAUUCAACAAAUGAAUCAUCAUAGCUUUCUCGUAUUGUUUUUAGUAGAGAUGAAGUGGAUAUGGUAAUACGUGGUGGAAGUAACAUAUAUAUUGUGAUAGUCAUUGAAGAUCAACGCCUUGGGCAAGAUCAAAUAGACAUUCAGCAUAUGU